UAAUGUAGUUAUCUCAAGUCAGUCUAAAAAACUUCGUCAAUCAUUCUCAGUAGACAGAUAGUUUUAAAACAUGUUGCUAAAACUAUUUUUGUUAAGUUUCUUAAGCAUUCAAAUAUCGUGUGAGCAAAAAGCAAGUUUAGCAUUUGUGAUAGACAAUUCAGUGGUGUCAGUGGGUGACAUGUAUAAAGUGAAAUCAUACGCGAAAGAUAUGGUCAAUAUGAUUUUAAACGAAGUUUUAAUUGAUGAUAUAUUGGUGAUCACAUUUAAUGAACCAGAGAUCACUAGGACCAUGACCCAAGACGUCCGACUAGUAAGGAAGGCUUUCGAUCUAAUCGACGGCAAAAGUGACAAGGUCGGCCCAGAGAUGGCGCUGUCCGGCAUCGUGAAAGCUCUCCAGGAAAGCCAGGGUGGCUCUUACCUCUACGUGUUUACGCAUUCCUCGGCCAAAGACUAUGACAGGGUUGAGGAGGUUAAAGCAUUGUGUCGGGGGAAGAAAAGUAAGAUAUUUUUCAUCGUAACUGAGAACGGACAAGCCAGUAACCGACAUAUGGAUAUUAUGGAUGACAUUUAUAAUGAUAUAACAGUGGAGUGCGGUGGGGAAGUUAUUCGGACCAACAGCAAUAAACUGGACAAGACUUUCCAAUACAUAAGGGAGAGCGUAAAAGUCGCCAAGAAUGUUAUCAAAUCUACACUACUACCUGAAUCACAAAGAAUAGAGAUAAAAUUCAAUAAACGCGAAUCCAACGAUUAUGUGCUAGUCUCUGCGUCAGGAAAAGAUGUGGAACUGCGGGUAUUUGACGAAAAGGGCAAUAGUAUUGGAAACUACGUGACAUGGAUAGAUAACCUCAAGGCACUGAAACUAGAACACGUGCCCAACGGUGAAAUCACAGUUAAAGCGAGGAGCACACGGAACGGCCACCUGGCGGUGUUUGGGCAUAUCCCAGUACCAGCCCAGCCGGGGAUACCCAGGGACGAUACUCGGAAGCUACGCCGAUAUGGAUAUCAUUAUUUAACACUUUGAUCGCCAAAACUACUAGCCGCUAUUUGAUAUAAAUAUUUUUAUUGACAGAUCUGUGGUAUAUCACCUAGGGCCACUAGCACCAACAAAAAUGGAGGAUUAAUCCUCGGGUUAACUCACCAUUUUAUAUGGAAUUUGACAAAUGACAGCCCACUAACCCUGAGUUAAGUGCUUGGUGCAAGUGGGCCUUAGUUUUAAGCUACUUACGAUCGAAGUGAGAUGCACGGCCCCAUAGACAACUGUUAUGGGAGGUGCGCAGUCAACAGAACAGCCUUUGCCGUCCGGCCAAAAUGACAAUCAGUAGGCUCUUUUAUUAAGAAUGUACUUAAUUAUAAAUCAAAUUAAAGAAGAACAAAGAAAAUAGAAUUGUAAUUGCUAAUAAGUAGCUUACGUUAAUUAUUGUAACGUAUGAUAGUAUUUAUACUAAGCAUAUUAGUAUUUGAAAAUUUAGGGUAAAUAAAAAAAGAUGAAUUAUUA